AUGCGGAAGCUGGACAACUCUACUUCUCAAGAUGGCGUUGACACCAGUUCGAUAACAAGUGCUGUAGAAAAUGAAGUUAAAAAGACAUCGGGGCUUAAAUCGAAACGUACUUCCAUAAAAAGAAAAAUGCCCAAUUUUAGUCAUGAUUCGGACGAUACGGUCAUCGAACCACUGUUGCAACCUGAAAGGAAGAAAUCUGAAAAUAGUACAAGUGCCAAAUUUUUAAUGUCUAAGUCUAAGACUGAUUCAGGAAGUGAAAGAUCUGAUAACGUUUUUAUUGAAAGUAAAGUCGAGAAGAUUUCACCGACGUCUACCACCCCCUUAUCGGAAAAUACUACUUAUACAAGUUCAUUAAAUUCAAGCAGCAAGAGCGCCGUGAAAACUAGCGCGCCCUCGUCUACAUCAUCAACGAAGGUGUUCGUGGCAGCUAAUAAGAAAAUAGAGCCAUUAUUUAGCGAAAAAAAUAAAGAUAGUAGAGCU